AUGGAGCUGGGCCUGGAGAAAGCGGACCUGCUGAUGCGCGGGCAGAGGCGGGGAGGAGAGAGCCGGGUGUCGGGAGGCCGAGGAGGGGGCGGAAGCCAGAGGAGCGCCUUCCGAGCUGGGAUCCAGCCCGCCCUGCGGUGCGUCCAGGGCGCCUCCGCUGACCACUGCGUCCAGCUCAUCACGGCUGGGGAGGCAGAUGCCAUCACUCUGGAUGGAGGAGCCAUUUAUGAGGCGGGGAAGGAGCACGGCCUGAAGCCCGUGGUGGGUGAAGUGUAUGAUCAAGAGGUUGGUACCUCCUACUAUGCAGUAGCCGUGGUCAAGAGGAGCUCCAACCUGACCAUCAACACCCUGAAGGGCGUGAAGUCCUGCCACACGGGCAUCAACAGGACGGUGGGCUGGAACGUGCCCGUGGGCUACCUGGUGGAGAGCGGCAGCCUCUCGGUGAUGGGCUGCGACGUGCUCAGAGCUGUCAGCGAGUAUUUUGGGGGCAGCUGCGUCCCCGGGGCAGGAGAGACCAGUUAUUCCAAAUCCCUCUGUCGCCUCUGCCGGGGCAACGCGGCUGGGGAGGGCGUGUGUGACAAGAGCCCCCUAGAGAGAUACUACGACUACAGCGGGGCCUUCCGGUGCCUGGCGGAAGGGGCCGGGGACGUGGCCUUCGUGAAGCACAGCACGGUGCUGGAGAACACGGACGGAAAAACCCUGCCCUCCUGGGGCCAGGAGCUGCUGUCACGGGACUUUCAACUGCUCUGCCUGGAUGGCAGCCGGGCCGACGUCACCGGAUGGAGACACUGCCACCUGGCCCGGGUACCCGCUCACGCCGUGGUCGUCCGGGCCGACACAGACGGAGGCCUCAUCUUCCGGCUGCUCAACGAAGGCCAGCGUCUGUUCAGCCAUGAGAACAGUAGUUUCCAGAUGUUCAGCUCUGAGGCCUAUGGCCAGAAGAACCUGCUCUUCAAAGACGCCACCUCUGAGCUGGUGCCCAUCGCCACACAGACCUACGAGGCAUGGCUGGGCCCUGAGUACCUGCGCGCCAUGAAGGGUCUCCUCUGUGACUCCAACCGGCUGCCCCGCUACCUGCACUGGUGUGUGCUGUCCACUCCUGAGAUCCAGAAGUGUGGGGACAUGGCUGUGGCCUUCAGCCGGCAGGCGCUCAGGCCGGAGAUCCAGUGUGUGUCGGCCGAGUCCCCCCAGCACUGCAUGGAACAGAUCCAGGACAUCCCCGUGGGCGCCCUCGUGCGGAGGGGCUUCAUCCAGCCCAGGGACUGCGACGUGCUCACAGCCGUGAGCGAGUUCUUCAGCGCCAGCUGCGUUCCCGUGAACAACCCCGGGCGCUACCCGUCUUCGCUGUGUGCGCUCUGCGUGGGGGACGAGCAGGGCCGCAACAAGUGUGUGGGCAACAGCCAGGAGAGGUACUUCGGCUACAGCGGCGCCUUCAGGUGCCUGGCUGAGAGCGCGGGGGACGUCGCCUUUGUCAAGCACACGACUGUCUUUGACAACACAGAUGGCCACAAUUCGGAGCCCUGGGCUGCUGAGCUCCGGUCGGAGGACUAUGAGCUGCUGUGUCCCAAUGGGGCCCGGGCUGAGGUAUUUCAGUUCAAAGACUGCAACCUGGCACAGAUGCCGGCCCACGCCGUCAUGGUGCGGCCAGACACCAACGUCUUUGCCGUGUAUGGACUGCUGGACAAGGCCCAGGGCCUGUUUGGAGAUGACCACAAUAAGAAUGGGUUCAAAAUGUUCGACUCCUCCGACUAUCAUGGCCAAGAUCUGCUUUUCAAGGACGCCACCAUCCGGGCGGAGCCCGUGGGGCAGAGAACCACCUACCUCGAGUGGCUGGGCCCCGACUACGUGGCGGCUCUGGAAGGGAUGCUGGCGCAGCAGUGCUCGCGUGCAGGCCUCACUGCCUACCCUGGGCGAGCCUCCCUUCCCUUGGAAUGGAAACCGACCCAGAAACCUCUAUAA